AUGAGCGACCACAAGACCGCAGCAGCAGCUGCAGCACCCGAUCACCACCCACCAUCUCAGACCACGAAGCCUCUUCCUCACUCCGAAGACUACGCUCCCUACCCUAAGCUCGACCCCAACGACGACGUGCCGACUCCCCAGCCCGAAACUUGGACCUCUGUCUCUAUCGCCUCUGAACCGCCGCCGAAAUUGGAAUCACCGUCAGCGCCGCCGCCUCCAGUCGCCGAUCCGCCGGUUCACGUCGAGGCUCGAGCGCCGAUUGCCGGCGAAGCUGCCACCUCCAUGCCGGUGGAGUCCAAUCCCUACGUCGCCACUCCUGCUCCGGCUCCCUCCUCCUCCGUCAAGAAUAAGAUGGAUUCAGUGAAAGAUGUUCUUGGAAAAUGGGGAAAGAAGGCUGCGGAGGCCACCAAGAAGGCCGAGGAUCUUGCUGGCAACAUGUGGCAGCACUUGAAAACGGGACCUAGUUUUGCUGAUGCUGCUGUGGCAAGAAUUGCUCAGAGCACUAAGGUACUUGCAGAAGGUGGUUAUGAGAAGAUCUUUCGACAAAAUUUUGAGACUGUCCCAGAGGAGCAACUUCAGAAGACAUAUGCUUGCUACCUAUCCACAUCUGCUGGCCCAGUAAUGGGAAUUUUAUAUUUGUCAACGGCAAAGCUUGCAUUUUGUAGUGACGAUCCCCUUUCAUACAAAAAUGGCGACCAGACUGAAUGGAGCUAUUAUAAGGUGGUUAUUCCAUUGCAUCAGCUGAAGGCAGUCAAUCCAUCAACAAGCAAAGUCAAAUCAGCUGAAAAAUACAUCCAGGUGGUCUCUGUUGACAACCAUGAAUUCUGGUUUAUGAGCUUUGUACACUAUGACAGUGCUGUGAAAUAUCUUCAAGAAGUAUUGCACCCCACCCAGCCCCAGCCCCACAGCUUGUGA